AGCUACCCGCGCGCGCGCGGCAAGAAGCGGGCGCUCCUCGUCGGCAUCAGCUACAGCUUCACCAAGUACGAGCUCAAAGGCACCGUCAACGACGUCAACUGCAUGGCCUACUUGCUCGGCCAGAGGUUUGGCUUCCCCAGCGACUGCAUCCUCGCCCUCACGCAGGAGGAGAAGGACCCGAACCGUUGGCCGACAAAGGACAACAUCCGGCUGGCGAUGCGGUGGCUGGUGGAGGGCUGCACCUCCGGCGACUCCCUGGUGUUCCACUUCUCCGGCCACGGCGUCCAGAAGCUGGACAACAACGGCGACGAGGUGGACGGCUACGACGAAGCGCUCUGCCCUCAGGACUUCGAGGAUCGCGGCGUGAUCCUUGACGACGAGAUCAACGAGACCAUCGUCCGCCCCCUCGGCGCAGGCGUCAAGCUCCACGCCAUCAUCGAUACCUGUCACAGCGGCACCAUCCUGGAUCUCCCCUACCUCUGUCGCAUAUCCAGAACUGGGUACUGGCAAUGGGAGAACCACAACCGUCAACCGGACGCGCAGAAAGGCACCAGCGGCGGCCUGGCGAUCUCCUUCAGCGGUUGCGGGGACAGCCAAACCUCUGCAGAGUCAAACACGACGGCGUUCUUGGGCUCCCCCUCCACCGGUGCCAUGACGUACAGCUUCAUCAAGGCGGUGGAGUCCGAGCCGGGCACCACCUACGGUCGCCUGCUCAGCGCGAUGCGGGCCACCAUCCGCGACAACGGCGGUGAGUCCGGCAUCCCUGGGCCCAUCGGCUCCUUUUUCCGCCGGGUCAUCACCUUCAGCAACGCACAGGAGCCUCAGCUGUGCGCGUCCGAAGCAUUCGACAUCUACAGGAAGCCGUUUAUCUUGUAAUUAUGGAACCAUAACCGUGUUUCUGAUUGGCACUCUUCUUCGCCAUGUCACUUGUGAUCUCUCCGUUUAGUAGUUAAGCUCAUCCUGCAUCCGUUGUGUAAUCUCUACUUUUCUUUUUGCGGGGACGUGUAAUCUCUACUUCCGCAAACCCUAUGUUACGCCCGCAAGCAUCUUAUAAACAACCUUUCGCUCAA